UGCUAAUCGUUUCCUUGAUGUUUAGUGUUUUACUUCCACCUCUGUCUUCUUCUUUUGCUCAUUUUGUAGUUUGGCAGUGGUUUGUGAUUAAAAGGGUUGAUUUGUAUUUCAUCUUCUCAUUUUAUCUCGUCAAGUUCACCCCAGAAAACUGGCGAGAAAAGUUUUUGUUUGUUUAUUAAACAGGCUCUUUAUAAUACAGAAAUUUUAUGUGUACUGAAUAUGGGCCUACAGGAGUCUCGUUGUAAUAUUUCGAAUAAAUUACGUAUCGUUCUUUUUGAAACUCACAUACAGCACUGAAUACCUGCGUAAAAUAUACAGUCCUUAAAGAUAGUACAAAUGUAUAACGAUUAUUUAAAUAACUCCAAACGGUGCACUAGUCACAUUCUGUUAAAAUAGUAGUUCGCCAGUGGUAGUAGUUCAAAUACUACAGUAGUAGUUCAAAUCGUUCGUAGCUGUCAAUGGGCAUUCAUAACUCAGAUUCAAUUUUGACUUUACUAGUUUUUUUCUUUUUUUUAAGUCUACAAUGUCAUUAGUAAAAAUAGUUGUUGAUGAAAAAUUAUUACAAAUGAGAUAACCGAAAAUUUCGUUCAAAAAAGUAAAAAUCGUACCUACUUGAAUAAACCGUAAUUUCGUAUACAAGCGAAUUCAACAGGUGAACUCACUGGAAUGUCCAUUACACAAAAAUCUGAGAAUGGAUCAAAAUUAUACUCUACGGAUAAAUCACCUUUGUUGCGAAGUAUCUCAACCCCAGCCGUUUCAUUUCGAAAGAAUGCUGGAAAAUCAAAAAAUACUUAUUCGAUUCAUCAUGCAAGUACAUUAGAUCACUCAAAUCUAUCUCAUGGUCAUGAUCAGUCGGCAGUCAGAGAUCAUGAUGAGAAGAAAUCCAGAUCUGUUAAUUAUCCUCAAAAAACCGCCUGUGAUAACCGAUAUUCUCAGCCAGAUAUAGAUGCUAUGUCUGUUGUUAGUUUUUAUAAAAGUGCUGAAAAUUUGGAUUCUGAAAUGGAUACAGAGAGAGAUUUCAUUGAAGAAGGUCCUUCAUCGCACAUAGUUAGGAUUCACGAAAAUAAUAUGGAAAGUGGAGAUUGCAUCCCAGACCUCGUCGAAUGUAAUGGUUCCCCCUGUCGCAAAAAAUCUAGUCAAGAAUGUAACGCAGUGAGGUGUGCAACUCCAAAAAUUUUUUUCAAAGAUGGAUUAAGGUCUGUCGACUAUAUACUAGUCUGGGAUGGCUUCGAUCAUCAAGCUAUUACGCCCGAAUCUUUCGAGAAGAGACAAAUAUUCGAAACAAAUCUAUUGAAGGAAGGGCUGGAGUUGGAAUUUGAACCUCAAGAACCGAACGGACUGAACUUUGUGAAGAUACACGCUCCAAAAGAAGUACUGAGAAGGUACAGUGAAAUUUUGAAGUUGAGAAUGCCAAUGAAAGAGGAGUUAUGUGAUAAUCCACCGGAGUAUCAACAACCUAAUAUGUUUAGUAGUAUCAAGCAGAAGAUCCCUGUACUUAGGCAGGUGUCCAAGCAAACAAACUUUAUUUUUGAAGAGAUCAAUAGUAAAUGGGAUAUAGUGAAAUCUUGGGUUUUUGUCGACAAAAAUAUAUUUCCUGAUAAAGGACAUAGGUUCACAGCGAUAUACAGCAGAGAUAAAGAAUAUUUAUUUGAUGUUGAUUCCUUAGGUUUUUUUACGCCAGCCAUCCAUUCUCGGAUAGUUCAAUUCAUUUUGGAUCGCAAACGAUUCACAAAUAGCACUCUCAAUGAUUUUGCUUUUGGUAUAGAAAGGCUACUGAACGAAAGAGCUUAUGUAGCCAGUUACCCCUUGCACGACGGAGAUUUGAAGACAACGGGAUCCACAAGGAAUCUGCUAUAUACUGAAUGGGCUGCUGUGAGAAAGUGGUAUAAAUAUCAACCACUAGAUUAUGUAAAGGAGUAUUUUGGGGUGAAAAUAGCUCUGUAUUUUGCUUGGUUGGGAUUUUACACCCACAUGCUCAUCCCUGCGGCUUUGGUUGGACUGGCCUGCUUCAUUUAUUCGUGUGCGACGUUAUACAGCAAUAUACCAAGUGAGGAUAUUUGCAAUCAAAGAGUCAAGGAGAAAAUGUGCCCGCUUUGUGAUGUCUGGUGCAGCUAUUGGGAUAUCACUGAAUCAUGUUUUCAUGCUAGAAUCACAUAUCUCUUCGACAAUCCGACAACUGUAUUUUUUGCCAUAUUCAUGUCCAUAUGGGCUACUUUAUUUUUGGAGAUGUGGAAGAGAUAUUCCGCUGAAAUCACCCACCGUUGGGACUUGACUGGGUUUGAUAUCCAAGAAGAACACCCCAGACCCCAGUACUUAGCACGUCUUGCUCAUAUCAAACAGAAACAAAUCAAUGUUGUGACGAAUACAAUGGAGCCGCAGGUGCCCUUCUGGAAAAUUCGUGUUCCAAUGACCAUCUUUAGUUUUUCCAUAGUACUCCUACUGGUAACUCUAGCCUUAGCGACCGUUGUGGCAGUAGUGCUUUACAGAAUGUCAGUUUUGGUGUCUUUGAAGGCUAUUGAUCACGCUUCUCCUAUACUAGUCGACAAUAGUUCUGCCAUGCUGUUUACUACCUGUACAGCAGCCUGUAUCAAUCUAGUUUUCAUCGUGAUAUUCAAUUAUAUAUACACACUGUUGGCAGAAUAUUUGACAGAGUUCGAACUACUGAGAACACAAACAGAAUUCGAUGAUUCUCUCACUCUGAAAAUUUAUUUGCUCCAGUUCGUGAAUUACUAUGCAUCCAUUUUUUAUAUUGCCUUCUUCAAAGGAAGAUUUGUGGGUUAUCCGAAGGAAUACAAUAAAAUUUAUGGAUACCGACAAGAAGAGCGUUAUGAAAAACCACAGGUCUCUAGAAUUUUAUUGUUUGGAACACUGAAAAACUUUUUGUCUGGUGUGGAUGACCUGUUUCUACAACUAGUGCUUCAGUACGGUUUUCUCACUAUAUUUGUCGCAGCCUUUCCCCUGGCCCCAUUUUUCGCGUUGUUGAAUAACGUUUUGGAAAUGCGACUCGAUGCUCAAAAACUUUUGACAUUCUACAGACGACCAGUUUCGCAACGAGUCAGAGAUAUCGGAGUGUGGUACAGGAUAUUAGAUUCCAUAGGAAAACUGUCUGUCGUUACCAACGGAUUCAUCAUUGCUUUCACUUCAGAUUUCAUACCGAGGUUGGUUUACAUGAGCAAGCAUAGUACUUUGGAGAACUAUUUAAACAGUUCCUUGUCAUACUUCAACACAGGAGAUUUCGACAAUAAAUCGAGACCUCAUCACUGGGAUUCUGAAAGCGAAUGCAGAUAUCCCGACUAUAGAGAACCUCCAGGAGGUCCAAAUGAAUAUGAGCGAACCUCCAUGUAUUGGCACAUCUUGGCAGCUAAGCUAGCGUUCGUAGUGAUAUUCGAAAAUGUUGUAGUGCUUGUCAUGAUCAUCGUGAAAUGGUGUAUACCGGACAUGCCAGGCGAUCUACGAGAUCAAAUACGUCGUGAAGUUUACAUUACUAAUGAAAUAAUCAUCAAGCAAGAGAUGAUGAGGGCGCAAACCGCAAAAUUAGGUGAGUUUUUCACCCCAUAUCAGAUGUGUCACAAGAUCCCCCUUUCCAUUUAA